AAUGUUAAAUUCAAAAUUUAAUCUAUUUGACUCGCGAAAACUUAACUGUUUAGCAUGUCUGAUUUUAAGUUUCUUCGUGAUUUGUUUACAGGUUUUGAGAAACUGAGACAACUAGAAAUACUUGAUUUGUCAUCGAACUACUUGAACCGCAGCAUCUUUCAGUCUCUUAGUCAACUUUCAUCUCUCAAGGCGUUGGGCCUCGCGGAAAACAACAUUGAAUCAGGUUCUGAGAAAUUAUCAGGGUUAGACAAGCUGGAAAUCCUAGAUUUGAGCGACAACGCACUAAAUGAUGAAAACGUUCUCUCUGUUCUAGAGCUAAAUGUAUCUAGAACGACGUUAAAGAAGCUUGAUAUGAGGAACAACAGAUUCCGGAGUUUUAUACCAAAUGAAGAGUUGGGAGCUUUAAGAAAUAUCGAGUGGUUACUGUUGGAUGGAAACGCAUUGGAUGAGAACUUUCUCAGGAGUACCGGUGCAAUGUAUCCCUUACAGUGUUAUCAGUAGCUAACUGCAACCUCAGUGGAGUCCUACCUCUUCAAGGCUUGUGUGAUGUAAAAUAUCUUGAAGAACUAAGUCUCCUCCUAAACUACUUCAUUGGAGAAGUCCCUGCAUGUCUUGGAAACUUAACAUCUCUUCGGGUAAUAGAUCUCAGUCAAAAUUACUUUACUG